UUAUUAUUAUUAAUUAAAUGCUCAACUUAACCAGCUGUACUAGAUACAUUGCAGUUACAGCCUUUUCAAUGAGAGGCAUUGGUAUGUGCGUAUAUUGCUGAAAUAUGAGUCUUAAUAGGACUAGGGAGAGAUGUAUAAGUUGAUAUUAAACGGCAGUGGAACAAAUUAUGUGUGUGUGUAUAUAUAAUUGACUACUGAAGAACUGUGUGAUCGACUGCUCAAGACUAGAGAUGGCAAGUUUUCGCAAUAGCCAGUGAAUGAUCUUUAUCUGGAGGCAUCUCUCCCAGUCUUUGAAUUGUUACCUAGUUGAUCUUUACCUUAGCAAGUAACUUAAACUCCUCCACGGAGUUGAGCGCAGAUACGUUUUUGAAAUGUACCUCCGAUUCGUUCGAGUUGCUAUGCGUCAAUACUUCAAAAAUGUAUAUUCUUAACGUGCAUUUCUUUGUUUGCUGAAAAUAGAAUUUUUAAUAAAACGUUAAUGAAAUACAACCAACCACCGGCUGAUUCCUCGUUGCUGUUGCUCUAAGAUGGCAACUCAGCGCGAAUGAGCAUGUGCCAAUUGAAUCUCAACAAGGAAAGUUGGUGGUUGUAUUUGAUUAACGUUUUAUUUAAAAAAUAAAAAUCUGCAAAGGCACGCAAUAAGAGGACAAACAGUACACUAAGGGAUUAAUAAUUUCAAUUUUUAAAGCAUUGACGUAAAGCGACUUGAAGGAGUCGAGGUUAAUAAUACAAAAAUAAAAACUCUAGUCCGCUCUUCACUCCAUGGAGGAGUUGAGGUACUUAUCUAUCUUUACCUAGUCAAAUUAUUUAUUUUGAGGAGAAAAAUGCACAUUUGGAGAUGUUGCGCUCCUCAGCUGUUUAAAUGAUGUCAUGGGGUUAAAAGUUUGUUGAUGACCACCCUCAUUGGGGUGGGGCAAAGGAUGGUAACAUGAUUAAAAGGUUGUGCUUGCUGGUGGGUUUGCAGUCGAAGUACUAAGAGCAUCACUAAGUUAACUUACAUCACGUGCAUACUCAACCUGCUUUAUUUUCCCUCUUCCCAGAUUCUGCCAAAAUGCUGCAGAGUUUUUCCCAGUCGCAAGACUGGUUUUACUCGGAGCCUCUCUUGUUUGAUGAUGAAUUCUGUCAGAGCUUGAUGAAGGACCUACAGUCGCUCCCCACGCCACCCCAGUCCCCUCCAUUGAAGACUGGACUCAAUGCCAAACCACUUUCCAAGGAGGACCAGUUGAGCUACGUCUCGGAUAUACUCCUGGAGGAUCAGGACCCGCAGCUAAAUUGGAAUUGUGACUUUUUGUACGAUGGCAGUGCAACCGCGUCAAAGGACCAACAGCCAGAUGAGUCCGACGACUGUUUAUGGCAUUGCCUCGGUGAUAAGUCUAUGGAGAAGCUAUCAUCUGUGCUCUCCAGCAGCCCACUGCUCUCGGACAUAGACACAAGCAUUUUUGAGGAAAUUGCCGGCUCCAUACUGGACUGCCACAGCGCGGCGCUCGCAUGCCAAGCUUUGGAGAAUGAGGAUUUACUAUUGGACAGUCCGGAGCAAGGCAGCGAGUCGACCUCGGACUACGGCUCAGCAGGAGGUGAAUUCUCAACGUAUUCGAGCAGUGCAAGCGAUUCUGAGGAGGAGAUAGACGUGGUGACGGUGAAGAGGACCACUAGCCCCUCCUCCCAGUCGGUAGAAGAGAGCCGGCGGCAGCAGCGCGCCUUAAAGCGGCAACACCUGGAGAUCCAGCUACAGCACAACUACGCCGCCCCCUGCCCCGCGUCACCUCUCCACUCCGAGCACUCCUCAACCGCCUACCACAAGGGCAUCCGGUCCUCCGACUCACACAGACACCACCACAGCUCGUCGGGCCGCUCGUCCCGACACCACCUCAGCAGUCACCAGCAGUCUAGCUCUAGGCAGUCGACCGACGUGGAGGAUGAGGAGGAGAGGAGGCAUACCCACAACGUGAUGGAGAGGCAACGCCGCAACGAGCUGAAGAACUGUUUCCUAAGGCUCAGGGACAACGUGCCCGAGCUGUCCAACAACGACAAGGCCUCCAAGGUGGUCAUCCUGAAGAGGGCACGCGACAGCAUCCGCAGCCUGGAGCUGGCGGGCCAGAAACUGAACGUCAAGCAAGACAAGCUCCGAGAGAGGCAGGAGCAGCUCAAAGUUAAACUGGAGCAGCUCAGGAGGCAAUGUUGGGACUGAGGAGAUGAGGCGCAAAAAUAAAACAUUAAGAGAUAUUUGAAAAGACCGGUCUUGACUUAAGACAAUGCAUGGUGUCAUCCAUCCCCUGCGGUGACUGUUUAAGAAGAAGUGAAAGUUGCUGAGAGACAGUUAAAAGUGUAUGUGUAAAAAAAGUUUGGUUUGGAGCAACAGGUCCACGUUCAGCCUAGUACAAUAAUGUUAGUAAUAUAUUGUCCUAGCGAUUUUCCAAAGUCAUUGUUCAUAGUAGACUACAUGUAACAAAGCCUAUGUUGUAGCGUAAGCUAUAUCAAAUUGAGCAGCCAUUUGUUAGUGAAAAACGGCCCUUUUUAUACAGUCUCUUUCACAUUCCCCCAUGUUAUGAAAUUCCCACUGGGCACAGGAUGUCAAUUCAACGUCUAUUCCAUGUUGUGUCAACGUAAUUUCAUUGAAAUUAUGUGGAAACAACAUUGAUUCAACCAGUAUACCUAGUGGUUUGGUUCUUCUCUUGCUGUUUUUAAUUUUGGGCUGGAUCCAAAGUAAAAAUUCUAAGGGGUUGAAUGUAAUGUAUGUCAAUUAUUGCCAUUUAAUUACUAAAAUGGUUAAUUACUACUUCCAUUUACUUGUGUGAACUUUAAAGACCUGACCUGUUGGUAGGAAUUUGGUGCGUUAUUGUGAAACAAUGCCUCAUGCCUUGGAACUCAUUCUGUUAUGUUUUGUUAAAAGCAUGACUUACUGUACUCUACCUCAAACAGGUCUCAAACCUGAGAAUUUGUUUGCUCUCUUGGAAGCAACUAUAUAGAUUUAGUUGUAUAUAAUUUUGUUUUAUUGUAUCAUAAAUUAUUUUUCUUUUUUUUUUGGGGGGGUUCAUUUGCAAGUUAAAAAGUUCUGUUUAUCAGCAGCACUUUGUUUUUAUAAUGUAAUAAAGAAUGGACAAAAGUCAA